CGUUCCAUCGGGUGGUGAAAAACUUUAUGAUACAGGGUGGUGACUUCAGUGAAGGUAACGGAAAAGGCGGAGAGUCCAUUUUCGGCGGUUAUUUCAAAGGUAAGUCCCAGCCGUGUUCCCCCCCUUAUACCACUUGUACAUGGAGAGGGCUAGAGGAGGUGUAAACGUCCAGGGCUACAUGACUUCCUUGCAUGACUCUAAUUGUUGCAUGAACAAUCCAUGUGCAUGAACUUGGGCCUAAGUUUAUUGUUUUUUUUCCUAGCUGCUUUAAUUUUAGAAAAGGGACCUUCUAACUGUAUUGGUAAAUCAGUGUCAUUCUCAGCAUGGAGGUUAGGCAACUUUUUCAUGAAAACUCCUAUCUUCCUGCCUAAAACUGUCAACAUAUUCUUUUAUUUAUAGAGAAUGUGGUCUUUUGCAAAAUCCUAAGGUAAGAAACGCAAGCUCAGUACCUGAAUAAACUCACUCUUCCUUACACCUUCCCCAGUUCUGGAGACUCUCCCCAUCAUUUUGGAUUUUCUGUAUCGCUUUUCGAGGAGGAAGUCGUAUUAAUAAAUAAAAACUAGUCAUUUUGUUCAUCCCUGUAUUCCCUACGAAUAUGUCAUGUCACAAUUCUUGUGUCUCCAGAAGACUAGUUGUUCUGAUAUAGUCACCCCUUUGCCGCUGCAGACAGUGAGGCGUAUGAAUAUAAAAGUUUUCCCAUUCUGAGACCUGUAGUCCGCUCCGUGCCCCCCCCCCCCCCCCCCCCCAGUUCUAACACACACUCUGAUUAGAUCUAGAACAUAAGAUGAUUCCCUUGAUUGGUGGGUCUAGGCCUGCAUGCCGUUAGGUUUCUCACUGGGGUUCUUAGUCUCUGUGUGGUAGCGAGGUUUAGUCAAUCUGUGCUUCUACAGUGCUAUAACCAUAUGGCAAGGUCUGUAUCCACUGAAGGCUUUCUUUUUGUUUUCUUUAAACAGUGUACUGAAAUAGAUGAAAACUUUGUUCUCAAACAUGACCGGGCAUUCCUUUUGUCUAUGGCAAACCGUGGGAAACACACCAAUGGCUCCCAGUUUUUUAUAACAACCAAAGCGGCGCCACAUCUUGAUGGUGUUCAUGUGGUAUUUGGGCUUGUGAUUUCCGGUUUUGAAGUUAUAGAACAGAUAGAGAACCUGAAGACGGACGCUGCCAGCCGACCCUACGCUGAUGUGAGAGUCAUAGACUGUGGAUUGCUGGGGUCUAAAGCCAGCAAAGAUGAAAAAAUCAAGCAAGCUUCUUCCGAGUCAGAGGAGUCUGAUUCCAGCAGCAAGUCCUCUUUUCCAUCUCCUUCAUCAUCCUCCAUAGACUCUUCCAGCUCGGAGAGCGAGGUGGAGAUUGAGCGAAACAGGAGGCGAAAACGAAAGCGUAAAACCAAAGAGAAACGCUCAAAGAAAAAACGUAGAGAUGACCAUCGAGGGGUGGAGGAGGAGAAGCCUCAGAGUCCGCGCAGUGCUCACUCUGAGAAGAAUGGGGUUGCAGAGGAUAAAGAGUUAAGUGCAAAGAGGGACAAGCCUGUCGUGCGGCCGGAGGAAAUCCCUCCUGUUCCCACAAACCGCUUCUUGCUGAGAAGAGACGCUCCUAUCUCCAACCCAGAGACUGAACAAAAACAGUCUCCAGCGGUUCCUGAAAACGAGCAGAAUAAAGGCUCCAUUACAAAAUCUGGGAGGAAAAUCAGGGGCCGCGGCACAAUACGAUAUCACACACCCCCGCGCUCCAGAUCCCGUUCAGAGUCUGAUGGUGAUGGAGAAAGCAGCGAGACCCCUCCACACUGGAAGGAGGAGAUGCAGAGACUGAAGACCUAUAAACCACCCACCGGGGAAAAGUGGAGCAAAGGAGACAAGCUCAACGAUCGUCUGUCCAGUCGCUGGGAGGAAGGAAGUUUGUCUCAGAAAUCAAGUUCCUGGUCACAUGACGGUUAUCAGUCCGACGCAAGCAGAGAGCAUACUUCCCGCUCCAAGGCUCGGAAGAAAGAUAAGAAGAUAAAACAUAAAAAGAAAUCAAAAAAGGUGAAACAUGCAAAGAAACACAGCCUGCCCAAGAAGGACCAAUUAACGGGAUCCAAUCGAGACGAGUCUUCAAGCCGGAGGAGAAAGUCUUCACAGGAACGAGCCAGGAGAUCUUUGUCCAGGUCCUCCAAAGACUCUUCAAAAAAAGGCCGGUCUCGGUCAGUAAAAGAGCGUAGAUCCUCGGCUCAUUCCAGCAAAGACUCUUACUCGAAUUCCCGAUCUAGAUCUUACUCUAGAGAGAGUCAAAAUUCCAGGACCGCCUCAAAAUCCACUUCUCGUUCUAGAAGCCGCUCAAGAACUAGAUCUCAAACAAAAUCAAAGUCAAGGAACAGAAAUAUGUCUGGAUCACAGUCCAACACACUUUCUCACUCUUCUUCCAAACAAAUAAAAACUACUUCACCAUCACCCAUCAAAAAACGUUUGCCUGCAGUGGGAAGUAAGCAAAUUGCUGUUGGUGAGCCAGGAGACUCCGCAGUUAAGCAGUCCAUUAAAUCAGCUGAUGAACCUGUUACGCCGUUUGUAACCACAGACGGUGUUUGUGUUUCUUUAAGCGACAGUCCCCCGCCUUCCAGGUGGAAGCCUGGACAGAAGCCCUGGAAACCGUCUUAUGAACGAAUUCAAGAAAUUAAGACCAAGGCCUCUAAUAUUGUUCCUUCGCAAAGCAGAUAUGGUGCUAGCAAUACCAAAGGGGGCUCACACAAGAAGCAUCAGACAAGUUCAGACAGCGAAGGUAGUUCUUAUUCUGGCAGAAAUUCAAACUACUGUCGGAAAUCGAAAAAUCAUUCUUCCAGGAGCAGGUCUUACAGUAGAUCUUACUCUAGGUCCAGGAGUAGAAGUAGUUCAUCUUCUCAUACUGAGGGCGGUUUGUCAUCAUCCUACGAUAGUUCAUCGUCCAGCGUGCCUAAUGAUUACAUUGUUCUUAUGGACCCUUCCUUGUCAAAGAAGAAGACUGAAUCAAAAGCCAAAAACAAACAUUUGAGAAGCCAGCAUCAUCAUAAUGAAGGGGAACUUGGGAAAACACUUUCUUCAGAAAGCACGGGGAGCCGUUCUAAUUCAAUCUCCUCUUCACCUAGUGAUGAGGAUGAAAUUACUAAACGAUUACUGAAAACAACCAAGGCAUUGCUUGAUAAUAAUACUAACUGCACCAACAAAAAUAUAGCUAUAGAUGAUGCUGUUGAGGCCUCUAAGAUAGACCAGCAAAAUUCCAGACCUCAAGAAGACUGCACAGAAGCAAUCAUAUCUGACAUAGACAAAGUACUGAAAAGUGACAAGUUAAUAGAAACAGUUGGAAAAGCAAACCAAGAGGCAUCCGUUUCCGAUUCCCAAAAUAUAGAUAUUAGAGAAGACUCCAUGUCAUCCGGGAAAGAAGAAGGCGAGGCCAGCUCAGAAUCUGACUCAGAGGCCAUGAAAGAGUCUAAGGCAUCACCAUCCGCUACGUUGUCCGUACAUGCUUCCGGAAGUGUUUCCGAAAAAGUUAUCAAAACUGCGUCGUCCGAGAGCUCAACGCCAGAAAACAAUAAAAGCAAGUCAAAGAAACGCAAGCACCGCUCCAGCAGGAAAAGCUCGAAGAAAAGCCAUUCGAAGAAGACAAAGGAUCAAUCCAAAAAGAAAAAGGAAAAGAAGCAGAAAUCUCAGAAGAAAAAACAGUCGUUCCACUGGCAGCCUCCACUUGAGUUUGGGGAAGAGGAGGAUGAAGAGACUGCGGGUGGAGAGCCCGAUGUACAAAUUAAAAUUGGCGAUCAAAAAGAUUUGCUUCUCAAUAAACAGUCUACAGAGGCCAAGAACCAGUCCAGUGAAACUCUGCGGGUAGAUAAAAUUAGCACUGUGCCGAUCAAAAAAGAAAUUUCUCUGACGCCUGCAGCAAAGGCAAACGUAACUGAGCCUUUAUUAAACUUGGCAAAAAGUCCACUUAUACAGGUAAACACAGCUAAAACAUCCACUGAUAUAAAAACAUUUACUUCACAUCGAUCGAUGAACCCAAUGAAACUGAAACUGGGAAAAAAACCUACAGUGAGUACUAAACCAGGCCCUGCUAUUGUAACCUCUGACCAGGUAUCUCUACCUUCAACAAAUGUUGCUUCUGUCUCAGGAGACAAUAUACAAGUCAAGGAUGAAAAAACUCCAAUUACCCAGCCACCACUAAAUAAUGCAACAAGUUUGGAAAGAGUUGAGGCUGGUGGUUCAGAGUCUGCAGCUGUGGAUAAUAAAUGGAAACCUGUCCAAGGCCCUACUGUCUUACAAACCGUAAAGCCUCCUGAAACUCCUGUAACUACUCCCGCAGAUCAAGAAAAGAAACCGCAGGGCCUGAGGAUUGAGAUUAAAAGUAAAAACAAAGUAAGACCUGGUUCCCUUUUUGAUGAAGUCAGGAAAACGGCCCGUCUAAACCAGCGGCCCAGAAACCAGGACAGUUCCAGUGACGAAAGAUCUUCAAGCGACGGUGAGAAGAGCCAGUCAGGUAGCAAGGCCAAGUCUCGAAGCAAAUCCCGAUCGACGUCAAGUCACAAGUCAAGAUCUCGGUCAUACAGCAGGUCCAGCAGCCGAUCUCACAGUUACAGCUCUUCAUCUAGAAGCUAUACCAGGAGUCGGAGCAGAAGACGCUACAGCCGCCACAGAUCACGGACCCGGAGCAGGUCUUAUGGCAGUUAUAGAAGUCGUAGGUACGGCAGAUCUGCAAGUAGAAAAUACAGCAGAAGCCGCUCAAGAAGUGUCUCGUAUGAUCGCCGCCGCAGAAGAUCCAGGAGCCGAUCAUACACCAGCUAUGACAGCCGUAGCCGUAGCAGAAGUCCCGCCCACUACAGAUCACGCAGCUAUGACAGGCGGUCUAGCAGAAGUCGGAGGUCUUCGUACAGCGGCAGCGAUCGCAGUUACGGUCAUCGCCGGCGACGCAGCGGAAGAAGUUAAUAGACUAUUCCUUUUAUUGGACACCUGUCUAGAACUUUGAGUUAUGUUCAUUCAUCCACCAUACUGCGAGCACGGAGGCUGGAUCCUAGUGGGAAUUUUUCAAACUGAAGCUGAACGGAAAGUGAUGAUAUUGGGGUGGGUCCGGUAUCAGCAACUACCGUGUCGGCAGUGGGGUGUUAGGAGAGGUGCAGUCAUUCUUACUGAACCCCUUUGCCCUGACCGUGGAGAAGUGAUUCGGUUGAUGCAGGUCCUGAGAGAUGUCCACAAUUAGUAUUUUAUUCCUCUGGAUGAAGCUGAUUACGGGUUCGAGCCACACACCUCCCCCACCUCUACAAUAAAAUACUGUCCUAUAAAAGCUUGGACAUAUUGAAGUGAACAUUGGUCAAUAAACACCUCGUGUGGACACUUAUUUUAUUUUAUUUUUUUAUUUUUUUUACUUUUAUUGAUUUUUUGUUUUGUUUUAUUUUUAUCUGAGGGUGUCUAAUUUUGGGAGAGGUUUUUUUUUUGUUUUUUUUUGUUUCCAUUCAAUUCCAUUAAAUAAAGGGGCUGCGUUUACACUUUAAAAUGACUGCUGUAGCCAUGAAAAAAAACAUGUAUUUCGUUUUUUAUUCAUCCAAAGCAGAAAAACAGUGUUCAGUAUGUUUUUACACUCUAAGCAAUAAUCAAGUAUAAUUAAUAAGGUUCAUAUAAAGUAACAUUUGUAUAAAGGGUCUCCCCGAAAUUUCAGACCCAGUUUCGCAACAAUGAAAUGGACCCGUAACUUAAGUUGGGCACAUACUUGGCCGACGAGUCACACUUAACAAUCGUCUGCCCGAUAUGUCGUGCCUCACGUCACAACUGGGCGGGCAUUUAAAUGUGUCCGCCCAGCUGAGAUGUCAGUCAUCGACCGUCUCUGCAGCAAAUCGACAGCCCGUACACAGAGCCAGCCGUAUUCGCUUAUAUAUCUGUAUAUCUAUCUUCGAUCAGCUCUGCUGCUGGGUCAACUCGUUAUGUCUGUGAAUGACGUUCACCAACAUCACGUGAGUACACAUACGCCGACGGGCUCAUGAUAUUUCAGCCAUUUGAUUGAACGGCUGAUAUAUCGUUCAGUGUGUACCCAGCUAUAGACGUGGUGGGUACAAUGAUAUCACUAGUACCUGGUUGUGUCUCUGCGUCCCAUAUUAAAUGUUCCGAAGGGUUGUUAAUGCUUAAUCUCACAGCAUGGUAUUUAGCAGCAACUUUCCUUUUUGUUAUUUCAUUUAUGUGCUAAACAGUAAUGAAAUCUAUGUAGCGGGGAUUAAUUGUGGAUAUACCAUUUUCAGAAACUGGCCAAAAAUGUAGUCACACACACGCAUGCAUGAACAAUAGGUUGCAUUUUCCAAUUUUGAGCCAUUAUAUGUGCACGUUCUUUACCAAAAAGUUUGAGCAUGAACUAUUGCGCAAGUCGCAUGGCUCUUAAUUUGCCAGCGCAACCGAACCUUUAGUGUUGAACGGAUGCAGAUAUAGGGAAAUGUUACUUGAUUAUUUUUUUUUACUUCAAUUUUAAGGGUUUUUUUGAGUUGGAAAGUUCUAGGGAUUUACAUUUGUCCUGUAUGUACUUCAUAAAAUGUUCUCCUCAAGAAUAAGUUCCUAUGAAAACUGUAAUACAAAAAAAUCUUGUACUUUCUGUAUAUAUAUUUUCAGCUUUAUAUUAAUUUUACGGUUUUCCAAAACUUUGUAUGUAAAAUAGUAUUAAAAAUAAUUCUCGGA